AUGUCCCGUAAGCCACACAGCGGCAGGGCGGUGCCUAAGACCAACGACCGGCGCAGUGAUAGUGGAAAGGCACGGAAACGUAUCGUGACACCAGCCCGGCGUGAGCAGAAUCGCCUGAAUCAAAGAGCCUAUCGCCAAAGACUGAGGGCGACGCAAUCGCCGCAUGGCUUACAGCGCGAGUCGCAGAGGCUGUCAGCCCAAGCUUCGGAGAUAUGCUGGCCCUCAAGAAGUAGUUGUCAAGUAAAUGGCACGACAAUCACGAGAGAGGCCAAUUUUACUUCGGAAAACAGCACAAUAUCAUCCUUGAUACGGUUAGAACAAGACAAUCAAGAGAAAACAAAUAAUUCUCGCCCUGAUGAGGCUGAUAUGUCAAAUGAUUUGUUGUUGUCAUCAUCUGAUUGGAGUUGGACAGCGCACAGUGAUUUUCAAUCAUUAUUCGAGAAUGAGAUUUCUCAUGACUUACUUCCCACCUGGCCUCUAACAGUGGGCAACAGUAUCUCAUGUACUGUUUUUGAGAAAGAGUACGAACGCACGGGAACUUACAACCACAAUGCACCAUCCUCACAUACAGGGGGCACCGUGAUUUCAGGAGAAUCAAGCGCUGCGGCAAAGGGUUUUAUUUUUUGUCCGGACUUGGCUACAUCUCCCACCGACCUCCCCCUGGAGCCAAAUAUCCCAUCGGAAUCAUCAUCGAAUGAUAGUAAUGGCAUUGGCCAAAGAAACAGACAAAAAGACGAAUUCACAGUUCAAGGCUUCGACCUCGGCAGAGUGAUAUCCGCAGGCAUCGAAUCCCUGCGUCACGGAUCUACUUCCCAAGUAUUACCACCGUCAUCUCGUCUACCAGAUCCAUGGAUGGAAUGCAUCCAAUUCUCACGAACUCAUAUAAUUUUUGCAUGCAUUCGAAACGCUCAAAGUAUGGGAUUCAAAGUAGAAGACAUCAUGGUCGAAAAGCUUGCGCCGUCACCGUUCUAUCAGCCUCUGUUAUCACCUACAGAUGACCCAAACACGAUCCUUGCAACUAUCACCAGCCCGACAACUCCGGCACACCUCAAGCCUACUCUUCCUCAAAUUCUGUAUCCGCAUCCGGCUUUCAUGGACAUAAUCCCGAUUCCUGCUUUCAGGGCCCAUGCUAUUACUCUGUUAGCAACGCAGCCGCAUAUGAUUGAUAUACAUGAGUUGAAGAAAGAUGUGGCUGUUGAGAAUGGGAUUUGCUAUUGGAGUAGUCUGGGUAGUAACCGUGGUAAGUCUUUAGCAGCGGGAGAUGCGCAGGGCCAACCGUGGGAUAUGCGUAGCUGGGAGGUGGCACCUUGGUUCAUGUGCAAGUGGCGUGCACUAUUUGGUGGAGAGGAGGGAGAGACCUGGAAGCAGAGUCAAUGGUGGCAGAGGGCUCGAGGAGAAGUGGUCGUGAGCCAUUCGUCGUAG